CUUGAAAGCAGAAAACACUCUGGUCUCCAUCGUAUGAAGCUGGCUGCCGUUUUGAAGCUCCAUCUUUCAGUUUCUCUCUUUUCCAGCUUUCUUUUUCUUUCCUGCUCUCUCUCUCCCUCAUACUGCUGUUGUCUUUCUGCCUUGUUUCUCAGAGAGGGUUGUGCAUCUGUGGGGGUUUGUGUUGUAGGCUAGGGGAGGAAACAUGCAGCAUCCUGGAGGAACAUGUGUAGCAUUACCCAACGUGGAUGCCUGUCCUCAGCUGUCCUGUGCAGCCCUCACCUUCAUGUACUUACAGCAGGCUAACCAGGACUUACCAGCUCCCCCAGACCCGUCCAUGGCCCAGGCGUUCCCAUCAGCCCCAUUUGCUCCCACACCCCAGACCAUUCCAGCUGACUUUACAGCUUCACAUGCCGAUCCACAUCAACACCCACACCAGAACCCAGCAGCACCACAGGACUACACUGGGGUCCAGGGGUCCAUCAGUGACUGUCCACUCCAUAUGUACCAGUCCUCCCAGAACCACAAUGAGCACAGUGGAUCAGACUCUGUCAGUCAGACAGUAACUGGCACAGCCACACAAACAGAAGAUCAAACAGACAGUUGUCCAUUCACAGAGUUGGUACCUGAAAGCACACACAACAAGGCCCAACCAAAGAGACUUCAUGUCUCCAACAUCCCCUUCAGGUUCAGAGACCCAGACCUCAGGCAAAUGUUUGGGCAAUUUGGCAAAAUUUUAGACGUGGAAAUCAUCUUCAACGAACGCGGUUCUAAGGGUUUUGGUUUUGUAACAUUCGAGCAUUGCGUGGAUGCAGACAGGGCAAAAGAGAAAUUACACGGCACCGUGGUAGAAGGUCGUAAAAUAGAGGUCAACAAUGCAACAGCCCGUGUAAUGACAACUAAGAAGACUGUCAGCCCAUAUGCAAACGGCUUGAAAUUCAAUCCAGUCGUUAGCGCUGUCUCCAUCCCAGAAUUCUAUGCAGUACCAGGAUUUCCGUGCCCAGCACCCACUGCAGCAGCAGCAUACAGAGGAACUCACCUACGAGGUCGGGGACGGACUGUGUACAACACAUUCAGGGCAACUGGACCAGCUCCCUAUGUCCCAGCAUGUGGAGGUGUUGUUUACCAGGAUGGAUUUUAUGGUGCAGAUAUUUAUGGCUGUUACACUAACUACAGACAUGCCCAGCCUACUGCUGCCACAGCUGAUGCAUACAGCGACAGUUACGGACGAGUAUAUGCUGCCGACCUUUACAGCCACACACUCUCUCCAGUAACCACAUUCAGCAUUGGUGCUAUGAAUGCAUUUGCCCCACUGACAGAUGCCAAAACUCGGAGCCAUGGUGAUGAUGUGGGGCUGGUGCUGUCUUCCCUCCAGGCUAGUAUAUAUCGAGGAAGCUACAGUCGCUUUGCACCCUAUUAGCAACACCUCCAACCUAUACUCAACCAUCCAACAGAACAGAAAAAAGUGUGUGUGCAUGGAAGUGUGUGAAUGUGUGAGAAAAUAGAGUGAUAUUACUGCGGGCUGGGUAUUGCAAUACAUGAAGUUUGUGCAUUCAAUUCAGUUCAAUUCAAUUUUAUUUAUAUAGCGCCAAAUCACAACAAAAGUCACCUCAAGGUGCUUCAUAG